AUGGCACCGCGAAUCUGUUUUUUUCAAGUGAAUUCACCAUUCAAUGUGACGAGGGAUCACUUUGAAUUCGCUUACGGCGGUGUAGCCUACCGCUUUCGUCAUUGUCAGCAAAAUCGACGACGAGGACGAGGCGGUCCACGAUUCUCUUGUCUGCCGCGGGAAAAGCCACCCAUUAAAUCCAUCGGUAGAGAGCCCUAUUGCCAAAUGUUGAUUCCAGGAGUUCAAUUAGAGAAAGAUGUACGAAAUAAUUGGGAAAGAUUGGGUCAGCUCGAUGUCUACAUCGAAUUUGCGGGUUACGACUCUUUGACGGCUGCAGGUCGAUUGGAAGAAGGGCUUCGUGCUCAAAACUACCGCGAUAUUACGAGU